AUGGAGGACGUUUCCAGUGAAAUUAGCGGGAUCGUGACAUCUCCGCGAAUUGAUGGUAAUACGUUGAGUUUUAACUCUGGUCCGCAUGUAGAGGGUUUUUCACCAGUUGGUGUCAGCCCAUCGCAUAAUGGAAAUUUUAGGAUGAAUCGUAAUGGUGCCGUGGAUAUUACUCAAAGGCCGUAUGUUGGGUUGCAGCGCGAUAUCGAUGUACUGGAUGAUGAAGAUUUGACCUAUGACUCUUCCGGAUUGGCGAUACCACGACUGAGAGAGUCUAUGACACCUUGGAGGACAACUGAAUCCAAGAUUAAGAAGGAUCCUAAGCUCCAUGCUUCCCGUGCGGCUACUUUGGUGGACAACCAAUUCCCGACGAAUUCAAGGCCUGAGACAAGAAACUCUUUGUUCUCGCUGGAUGGUGCCUAUACAGUGGCAUCUUCUACUACAAAUGACAUAGAGCAUUUGCAAAAGCAAUUGACUACUUAUAAAUUGAAAGUGAGAACCCUAUUAGAGCUCAUUAAGCAGCUCAAUUACGGUGAUGACGAACAAAAAAAUAGGGAUUCGUUUUAUGGUAAGUUGUUGUCUACUUUGUCUCAAAGUGAUGAAGUUGAUGAAUUAAGAAAACAAUUGACACACGUAAAGAACAAUAAUGGAAUAAAGCAGAAACGGAUUGAUGAAUUAGAGAAUGAUAUUUCCCGAUUGAGUGAGCAACUCGCUUCGACCAAAAAAGAGCAUGCUGAAACUUUGGAAUACGCUAAUGAGUACCUUGAACAUUCAGAAUUGUUGGCAAAAAAUAUUGACGAGAUGUUAACUUUAUUGCUUGAAAAUAUCGAUUUACCUCACGAAGAGCGUGAUGCUUUGCAGAAGACGAUUCAAAUAUCAUCAUCAUUUGCAAUGGUCAAGAUAAACGCGCUAAUGACGACUUUUAGUAGAGUUCUUCAAGAUUUAAAAUCUAGUGAUUUGAAAUCUCGAGACGUUGAGGUGCCGGAGCAUGAUCGAAAUAACAGUACUACUAUUGAUGCUAUAGCUAACAGUACUGGAAUAAAUGAAAUAGCGGGAAGCGUGGAAGCAGUCAAUGAGGAGAAAAACGAUGAAUUCUCGAUUAAUGAAUCAGCAAUUGACACGCGACUUGAGGUCGUAAUAGAAGGGUUGCACCAAGAAUACGAUAAAUUUUUCCAUGGUAUACGAACCAAGAUCGAGAAGUCUGCUGAGCUGGAGAAGCUCUUAUUAAGCAGGCUCUCUCAGCAAGAUAAACUUUUAAGUCGCAUAGCCGCUGCUAGUAAUAUGGACUCUCAACAGCAGGAUUCCCAUUGUCAAAAGCAUGAUUCAAUCCUCUCCAGCAUUGACGAGACGAGUAAGAGAGCUAGCUUGGAGCUUUCCAAAUCAUACAAAGAUCAUAUUGAUAACCUGAAUUCUCUUGUGCAUGCACUAAACUCAACCAUGGGCGAGAAAAAUGCAGAGCUACAACAACUCAGAACGCAAUUAAAAGAUCAAGAAUCGCUACGAAAAACUGAACAAAAGCUCAAAAAUGAACUUAAGGAAUACAAAGACGUGUGCAAGUUGAAAGAGAAUAAUUGGGAAAGUUUUGCUAACGAUCUUGAGGAAAGCGUACGGGUCUUACAGAUAGAGAAUGACCAGAUGUCCGAAGUUGUCAACCGGCUGCAUUCUGAACUAAAGAUCAAAGAAGAUGAAAUUGAAGAAAUAUCAGCCAGCUUACAAGAGACGCAACGACGGGUUCGUGACAUCUCUAACCUUCACAAAGAAGAUAAGCUGGAAUUUAAAAAUGAACUAAGUGAAAAAAUGAGAGAAAUAGAAUCUCUUAACGAAGAGCGAGAUCAGAUUAGAGCUUUCAUUUCCGAAACUGAAAAGACCUCGAUCCAUCGUCAAAAAUACGCAAGAGAAUUCCAGGGUUUCAAAGACCAUCUAUUGCUUCACUUGGAGAAAGUGUUCAAUACUCUCGGCAAAAUAUUGCAGCAGACAUCUGUCGACCAAUCCAAGAGGAAAUUAGAGGUCAUACGUCGCAUGGAUGGCCUUACUGCUACCAAAACCAUGCAAACUAAACUUGAAUCACUUUACAACUUCAUAGAGACUGCGCAAGAAUCCAUAGUUGAGUCCUACACUAGCAUGGUUUUACUCGAAGGAGAGCGCAGGUCCACAGAAGGCACUAGCAGUAAAGAGAUGCAACUCAGGAUAGAGGAGCUGGAAAGAAAAUGGAUAUCUGAGAGAGAGCGGCGCAAAUUAGACAUUACAGCGGCUGAAUCCCGCAUCACUCGACUCGAAGCUGAAAACGAAUUAUUACGAGAAAAAUUAUACAAUAGCACAAUGCGCAAAUGA